AUGGCAUCACAGUGCCACGCGUACGACUUUAUCGGAGCAGUCAAGAGUCUCUUCAAAGCGCGGGAGAUCGAAUGGUCCUGGGACGAGUACGAGCGCUGCAUCCGGGAACGCUCCGACGAUGCGCCUCCUCGACGCCAAUCCGUUCUCGUUCUGGUGGGCUCGAAGGUCGAAUUGCCCUGCCCCGGCAUAUGCUUUCCCCCGGAGUCCGAGGCGCAGUCUCCGUGGCACCGCGUUGACCCGUUGUCCAAGUCUUCCAUCGCACCCGUGGCCUUGGGCAAGGGGGAUACGCGCCGCCAGCUCAUGGGUUACGGAGCACUGGUCGUGACGGACGCGCUGCCCUCGGACACGGGCUUCUACCGUUGCAUGUGGGCUGGCAGGGAGUACGCCACCUACCACCUGCAGGUGGUUGCACGGGAGCCGUACUCCAUGGUCUGGGAGAACGAGCACAACAGCACCGAGGAGCGAGCCGACGUCACCGGUCUGCCACUGGUCACGUGGCUCGAGUGGUCCGAGUGGAGUAGCUGCGACCGCUGCGGUUCCGUGGGCAGACGCCGGCGUGCCGGAAUCUGCACCGUCGGAUACAAGGGCACAAACACGACGUUGCCCAAGGAAGCAGCCAUAAUGACGCUUCUCUUAAGCCUUUUCCCGGAAGGCUUACCCUGCCGGUCUGCCUUGAUACCGAAGGUCAUCUCGUCGGUGCUCAAGGACCACUGGAGCGUGCACAUGAUUGGCUUGUGCAGUGAACCCUGCGUUCAGGGCAAGGGCAUCGUGGUGGUGACGGACUCGUCGGGCCUCGUCGAGGAGGUCGUGGACAACAGCCGCGGCAUUUUCUCUCUGCGCCAGAAGAUCCUCGAAUUGCCCAAGAGAGCGAGGCGCCGGACGGUCAGCCGAGUGCGCGGAAGCGAGGUUUUGCUUUCCUGCUCGAGGCGAGUGAUGGACACAGCGUGCACUGAUGUCCCCACGGUCGAUAUAUCUUUAGCCACUACCUAUAACGCGCCUUGGAAACGCCACAGGCAGCGGUUCAACAGCAAGUUUUACCAGUGGCGCAACGGCUCGGUUCUGCUCAACCCCAUGGUGGUGUCCCAGCUGUCCGAUGGCCGGGUAAAGAUUGACCUUGCCAACAACCUGCACAUCCUACGUGCUGAGUUCUGGGACACCGGUAUCUACAACUGCUACGACGGCUCCUCCCUGGUCGCGACGGUCAGACUGGUAAUCAGAAGACCCAGCGUGAUGGCCAGGCUUCACGUAUACGCCUCAUACGUCAACGUUGCCGCCCUCAGCGGUGUCAUAGUACUCGUAGCGAUAUCCGUUAUUCGAGGCUCCAAUUCGUGA